AUGUUAGAUAGAACUCAAACUAAAACCAAAGAGAUUGAAGGUUCAUUGAAAGAAUUGGUAGAGUUAUACAAUGAAGAUAUUAAUGCUUUGAAGGAAGAGAUCAAAAAUCUUGAGAUUAGAAAAGCAGCUUUUCUCGAUGUGAAGAAGGCCAUCGAUAUAUCAUUGAUACCCGAUCCAAUCACACUGAACGUUGGUGGCAUGAAAUUCCAGACAUCAAAGUCAACAUUGACAAAGAUACCUGGUUCCUACUUUGAUGCAAUGCUCUCCGGUCAAAUUGACAUUCAAUCUGUAUCCGGUAAACCAAAUAAUACAUUCUUUAUUGACAGAGAUGGAACUCACUUUAGAUACAUAUUGAACUUCUUACGUGAUGGUGACACACCUAUACCCGAUUCCGUCAAGCCUGAAGUCAGCAAAGAAAUGAAAUUUUACAAACUUGUACCGCCAACACAAUCCGAUUUGAUAACUCAUGACCAAUUUAAGAUUAUCAAUGGAUGGUUAGGUGGCGAAUUAAGUUAUGAAUUGAUUUACAAGGGUACAAAAGAUGGAUUCGAAUCAGCUACUUUCCAUAAUAAAUGUAAUGGUAAAGGUGCAACUCUUACUGUUGUCAAAUCGAGUGAUGGCAAUGUGUUUGGUGGUUAUAACAGUCAGUCAUGGAAUAGUAAUGGUGCAUACUAUGGUGAUAACAAGUGUUUCAUCUAUACAAUGGUUAAUAAAAAUAAUAUUCAACCUACCAAGUACGCACCUAUUGCCAACAACACCAACGUUGUCUAUGGACACAACGGCUAUGGACCAACCUUUGGUGGUGGUCAUGACCUCUACAUCAGCAACCAAUGCAACGCAAACCAACAAAGCUAUCAAAACUUUCCGAACUGUUACGCUGACACCACAGGCAAAGCUAAAGCAACAUUCGCAACAACCUAUAACUUUACUGUCUCUGAAAUCGAGGUAUUCACUGUACUUUAA